GCUUCGUUGCCUACGUUGUGCAUUGACUUUAAUUGCGCGAGUAGUAGCGAACGUUGAAUCGUUGUGUAUAUAUGGGCAAUUCAUCUACAAUGACACGUCGAGAACGCGGCCAAGAAUAAAAGGGACAAGUGAAUGAAAGUUUUUUUUUUAUUUCAGCUAAAACAAAGAGGCUGUACAACGAUUUAAAAAAUUUUCGAUUAUCAUUUGUCGGACGGAAUUAUUGCGGUGAAGAAGAAAAAUUGUGCAUGUGAGAAAUUUUUUUUUUUUAUAAAAUAAAUCCGGAAAAAAUUCCAGUUAAAUGUUUGACCGAUUGGAACAUUUCUUUCGCAACCAGGACAAUAUGAUUACAAUGGUUGCGGUGCUCAGUGCUUCAACUGUAACAACAACAUUCUUGCAGUUCUUAUCGGGAGCGUUAGUAUGUCGAAAAUUCAUACAGAACAAAAGCACCGGUGACUCAUCAGCGUUUCCAUUUAUUUGCGGCUUCCUAUCCUGCAGCUUAUGGUUGAAAUAUGGCAUACUGGCGAAUGAAAAAACGGUCAUUUUGGUCAACACAGUGGGAGCCACAUUGUUCUUCAGCUAUUUUAUAGUAUUUUGGAUGUUUUCCGUCAGUUCAAGUGCCCUUUAUCGCCAGUUUUUCGGUGCUAUUCUUGUGCUUGGCUUUGUACUCUCGUACACCGAGUAUUAUGAAGAAAAUCGAGCUGAAGCCAUUGAAGUUGUUGGCUAUAUAUGUUGUGUGAUAACAGUGUUAUUCUUUGCGGCCCCUUGUUGUAUGCUAGUGGAAGUGUUCCGAAAAAAAUCAACCGAAAUGCUGCCACUUCCAUUGAUCCUAAUGUCAUUCAUCGGAUCGGUUCAAUGGUUCGCAUUUGGUGUCAUCGCAAAAGAUUUAUUCCUGCAAAUUCCGAAUCUCCUUGGAGCAUUACUCUCAGGCACUCAGCUCGCUCUAUUUUGCAUUUAUCCAAAUAAGCAACGCAUAUCCAGUACAUCAACCUCAAGCACCGAUAUUCCAUACGCAAUAUUUUAAGAAAUUUCUGUUUAUUAACCUACUAAGACAGAUCUGUUAUGCAGAUUUAAAAAAAAAUAAUUGGAAACCAAAACCAUUUCGUUGUGUGUGCGUGUGAAUGUGAAAAGACCUUCAUACGCACAUACAACGCAUAAUGAUGUUAUACCUUCAGUUUUCACACUCGGGUGAUUUCAAAUAUGUAUUCUUUUAAGUUUUAACCAUUGCAAUAUAUAAAAUUGCGUUAGUAAUCCUACAGAUUUAUAUUUAACAAAGAUGAAAAAAAAUGAAAGACAAAAACCAUGUUAGAAUUUAAUAAAAUGAUUAUAUUUCCAUAACAAAGAAAAA